UGUCAUGCCUUUUGUGUCCUGUUGAGCAUAACAUUACAGGUCAGAGACCAACUGCUGGAGAGAUGGAGAGAAUUUUGGAAAAGUUAUCUAAUAUGGACAAGAAAUUGGAUGAAAUAAGAGCAGAAAUUGUGACUAUCCAAAAGGAUUUAAAGGAUACUCAACAAGUUUCAGCAGAAAACAAGCAGAAAGUGGAAGGUUUGGAGGGUGAGAUGCGGGCAGUGCAGAAAAGAGAGGAGACGACAGGCAAUGCUGUGCUUGGACUACAGAUGGAUAAAAUGUCUUAUUUCCUUAGGUUUCAAAAUUUGGAAGAAGUGGACCAAGAAGACUUGAGAGAUGUUGUGACUAAAUUGUUGGGAGAAUUUCUUGGGAGAGGUGUUGAUUUCAUGAAUUGGGAUGUGGAUCGAGUUUAUAGAGUUAAUUCGCAAUAUGCACGCACGCAUGCAGUUCCCAGAGAGGUUCAUGUCAAAUUUGUGAGAAGAGAGACGAGAGAUGAAAUUCUUAGAAAACAUAGGAGUGGGGCACUGAUUUACAGGGGCAGGGAGAUAGCCAUUCUGAGGCAGAUUCCCAGACAGGUACGUGAAAAAAGAAAGAAAUAUUAUUUUUUGUCAAGCAAAUUGUACCAGAAGGGAGUGGGCUUCAGAUGGCUGAUGCCAGAGGGAUUGAUGAUUUUCCGGGAGGGCAUUACGAAAAAAAUCAGUACAAUUGCGGAGGCUACGGCCUAUGUGGAGGAACACAAAGCCCUCCUGGAAUCAGAUGACCCAGGAAUUGAAGAAGGGGAGGUUAUAGAUCAUGGGGCGGAAGCGGCUGCCGCUGUUGUGGCCCUGGAGUUGGGUCAGGCUGAACCCAGAGUUCUGAGAUACAAAACUAGGAAGUGAUAAAGAUAUUUGGGAUUGUGUUGGUUUUCCUUAUUCUCUUUUGUACGAUAUUCUGUUUAUUCUUGACUCUUCUUUAUUACGUAUUUAAAAUUUGUAAACUUAGCUACUUCGUGUCACCUGCUUGCCAUAUGGCUGUUGUAUGUGUUAAAAAAUUUGAGUAAAAUUCUUAUUUUAGAUAAGAAAAAUGAAAAUUUACCAUACCUGAUAUGUAUUUGUAUAAACCUUUUUUUGACUAAUAAAAA